AAGGCCUUCCUUCUCUGUCUCACCACAAGACAACCAUUUCCCGACAUCCACAAUCCCCCCCUCCAGAAUCGAGCCUCCACGCCUCCACCUCUAUCCAUUCGCACUGCGCAUUCUGCUUCUUCAAAUCCUGAUCAAUCCUCCUGGCCUCCUUGACGAUUCUGUCAACAUGCGCUUCACUUCACAAGCCGCUCUCGCCCUACUAUCCUUACUUCACCUUACAUCUGCCCUUCCUCUCGACACCGCACCGCGACAGAAUGCGCCUCGACGCGCAAAAAACUACUCGAUCGUGAACGUCGACGGCGGAUCUGCGACUCCCGUCGUGACUGUUAUUCAGACAGUGGUGGAAUCAGAACCGGCCCCAACCCCAACAGUCGUCGCAUCGACCUCCUGCAUACCCACCAAGUCCAGCUCGACCUCGACAUGGGGAAAACCCUUCACUCUCCCUCCAUACUCCGACGCCACACCGUCUACCACCUCCACAAAGUUGAAGAGCUCUUCAUCCACAUGGGGAAAGCCCUUCACGCUAUCGCCCUACUCAGAAGCCACCCCGUCUACCACCUCCACCAAGUCGAAGAGCUCUUCGACAUCCACGUGGGGUAAGCCCUUCACGCUACCACCCUACUCAGAAGCGAACCCGACCGCUUCGUCGACAUCUUGGGUCCUCCUCAAUACCUCUUCUACCUCCGUGACGCCCUGCGAAUCGAUGUCCUCAACCACAGCCGCAGGACCUUCAGUGGUGACCGUUACAGUCGAGGCCUCUGAAGCCGCCACCUCAUACUACGACAACGGACUGUGGCACACCAGAUACCCCAUCCGCACCUCCUUGAACGUGGUCACUCAGGCCGCGAGCUCUGCCUCACCCACCUCGACGGUAGAAGGCCCGCGGCUAGAACACUACGUCGGCAGCGGUGUUUGGGAGACACUCUACCCUCCCCCCUCUUCGACGCUUUCGGAGACACCCACAAAGUUCGUUACGACAGGCGCGUUCCCGACGCUGAAUCCGACGGCGGCGGCGUACAACCAUACGCAGAUUCCGGCCUGAGGAAUGACUGAAGAUGCUUCAUGCGAUUGGCGAUUGGAAAUUUGAAUUUGAACUUGAUUAGCACGUUUUGCGAGCGAGCAUUAAGACGACACGACUCUGAUUCUUAUACCAAUUUAAGAUUGGGCUUUUUUUGUUAUGAACGGAUGGCUUUAUGGGAUGGGAAUUUGGUAACGGCCGGAUACACGGGAAAACGGGUACAGAAUGACUGGGAUAUGGGCAUUGGGAUGGAGUACUUGUAUACAAUUUUGAUGCAUGGCACAUGGU